GGCACCCCUUGCGAGCGUAUGUGUGCGCGCGGCGGCGGCGGCGGCAGCAGCAACGGGGCGGAGCGCGAGGGUCGCUCCCGUGUGGCAGGCAGCGCGCGAGGGGCUGGGAGGUCGCCGGCCUCGGGAAAGGCUCGCGCUCCGGCCGCCGCCGCCACCGCCAUCACCGCCGCCAUGUCCGCCAUCAUCGAGCAGGAGUUCCAGGAGAUCGAUGCCACUAACGACUGGCAGGCGCGUUAUCUGGAAAUUCGACAUAAAUCCAGUGACUACCCUCAUAGAGUUGCAAAAUAUCCAGAAAACAGAAACCGAAAUAGAUACAGGGAUGUUAGUCCAUAUGAUCAUAGUCGUGUAAAACUGCAGAACACCGAGAAUGACUACAUCAAUGCCAGCCUAGUGGUCAUAGAAGAAGCCCAGAGAUAUUAUAUUUUAACACAGGGUCCAUUACCUAAUACAUGUUGUCAUUUUUGGCUAAUGGUAUGGCAACAACAAACCAAAGCAGUUGUCAUGCUGAACAGAAUUGUUGAAAAGGACUCGGUGAAGUGUGCACAGUACUGGCCAACAAAAGAAGAGGAAGUUAUGACAUUCAGUGAAACAGGUUUCCGUGUGAGGCUAGUAUCUGAAGACAUCAAAUCGUAUUACACAGUACAUCUACUGCAAUUAGAAAAUAUCAACAGUGGUGAGUCCAGGACAAUCUUUCAUUUUCACUAUACCACAUGGCCAGACUUUGGAGUUCCUGAGUCCCCAGCUUCAUUCCUGAACUUCCUGUUUAAAGUCAGAGAGUCUGGGUCACUGAGUCCUGAACACGGACCCGCAGUAGUUCACUGCAGUGCAGGAAUAGGACGCUCCGGCACGUUUUCAUUAGUAGACACUUGUCUUGUUCUGAUGGAGAAAAAAGAUCCGUUUUCUGUAGAUAUUAAGAAGGUAUUACUGGAUAUGAGAAAAUAUCGAAUGGGACUUAUACAAACUCCUGAUCAACUAAGAUUUUCAUACAUGGCUGUAAUAGAAGGAGCAAAAUUUAUAAUGGGAGAUUCAACUAUACAGAAACGGUGGAAGGAGCUGUCUAAAGAGGACCAAGCGCCAAGUUCUGAGCAGUCUCCUCCACAUCCAACCAAAAUAACCACAGAGAAGUACAAUGGGAACAGCAUAGGCCUGGAGAACAAAGAUCAAAUGGAGAAAAAUAAUACUGACCUGUCCACUAAAGUUCAAGAUAUCACAGAUGAAAACAUUGAAAGUGCUGUCCGAAAACGAUUACGAGAGGAUAGAAAAGCUAACACAGCACAGAAGCUGCAGCAGAUGAAGCAGAAGCUAAAUGAGACUGAAAGAAAAAGAAAAAGGUGGUUAUAUUGGAAACCUAUUCUCACUAAGAUUGGGUUUGGGACACUGAUUUUAGUUGGCGCUUUUUCUUGCUGGAAAAUAUAUUUUCAAGAACAUUCCUUGUAAGUAGAUAGUAAGUCUGUCUACUGCAGCAGCUAAUUUUGCUGGAAGUUAAUGACUAGGGGUGUCACUUUAAGCAGUAAACUCCUAACACCUGGAAUGGGUACAGACUGUUACAUACAAUAGAGAAGUGAUGUAAACUUGAUCACAUGUCAACAUCUCAGGACUUUCCACUGCAGGUACUUAUAAAAAUGAACUGCUGCCCCCCAACAAAGUUGAUGUUUUUUUGUUUAUAUCAGCAAGUAUAAACUUGCUGCAACUGUUUAUAUACUUUUAAAAAUGGUAUUCUACCGGAUCUUAAACAAACCCUGAACCACAGAGUUUUAGUUACUGAAGGCUGUCUGGAUUUAAAUUUACAUGCCUGACAUAAGCAAUAAACAGUGUUGUAUCAUUUACAUUAUUAAUGCAAAGAAAUUAUCCUUAAAUGUGUGUAAUGUGUAAUGUACUAGUGACAUGAACAUAAACAUUUUAUAUUCUUAUGACCUAGGAUAAAUAUAUUUUAUAAUUGCAUAUUUAAUCUUUUUGUAGUUCACUGUACUUUUAAAAGCUCAGUUUGUACAAAUUUCUGAUCAAAAAGAAAUUGAUUUUGAAAUUAAAUGUAAUUAUAAUUUGUGCAUGAAAAUAAUAGUGCAACCAUUCCCCAUAUUUUGACUCUCAAAUUUAUGAUGUGAGCAGCUAGGGGUCUGAUGAAGCACUUACCUAUUUCUACUCUGUUAAUUUGCAUUCCUUAUUUAUUUUUUUGUAGUUGUCAUUAUUUAAGUAAGGCUUGGAAAAUUUUUUUAAGGCUUUUGAGAACUUAGCCCCCCCUGAAAAGCAUAUUGUAAAGUUGAUUAAUGUAUUCAGACUUCAACUGGUAUUUGAAGGCCGACAUUGUUAAAGUUCUGACAUUCCAUUAAAUGUGAAACAUUG